UCAUACUCGUCCUUUCUUACCCUUACUGCGCCCCUUUGGCUGGCGAUCUCAGAUAUAUAUCCGUCCUCUAAUCGCGCGAUUCCGGGAGAACGGAGGGAGUACUUCGUAUUGUACGAUAGAGAACAGACGUAAAGUGAACGAGUUCUCGGACCACGUGGUAUGUAUCUCGACGGAACGACCAGAUUUUUCGCGCGCUACUUCAACACGGCGACCUUCGUCACGAAACACUCGACGCGAAUUUCAUUCGAAACUAUUUCCCGAGUUCUCGCGGAAUAUUUUACACAACGGUAGAGAUCACCGGAUGUGGAUUAGCACAAAAAGAUAUACGUAAUUAUAUGACACUGUGAGAUUAUUUCGAGUCAAGUUCGCACGGUCAAAAAUCCGCGUUAAAGAUUACAUCGUAAUCUCAAUCCCUUGAUACGGCUAAAUUUGCUCACGUACGGAAUGUGCAUAGUGUGUAUAGAUUAAAGUGGCGGCGCAGUGAUUGAUAUCCGAUACGCUGCCAGAGUCUCCGCGUCCGUCUGUUUCUUCCUCGGGCGCGCGGCCCGACGAGUGCAAGCCCUCUACUACUGCGCCGUGGACCACGUUCGCCGCGAACGGCGAACUUUGUACCUGCCUUGCCCGCCCGUGCUCCGACCGUCCUGCAACCCCUGCCAACUCGUGCCGCCACCCCGUCCUAUCCGCCCCCCGCGAGAAGUCGACGCGGGAUCGAUAUUUACGAGGGAUCUCUGACUUACGGGGCCUUUUUCCUCAUCGUGCGCACGCGGAUCCCUGCUUCCGCAGUACUCGCCCCACUAGUGUAACCAGCAGCAUUCGCCGCACAUCCACAAUGGCCGCCUGUUUAUGACAAUUCUGGGUCACGUGAGGACUCAUCGGUCAGCGUGCUGAGGCGCGGCCUGCCUGACAGUUGCAGGUGCAGGUGCAGCGCGACGGUGACAUACGCGAUCGUAUAUACCUCGCCUAUAUUAGCAUUAUUACUUAUUCCGUGGGUGCACUAAUAAUCCCGCGUCCAAAGUGGCUAAGAGCGUAAGUCCCCGUCGAGUGCACCAAGAGUGCUCCAGCGGGGUGGACGGGGUGCAGGCGGCGACGCAGGUGCAGCAGCAGCAGCAUCAGCAGCAGCAGCAGCAGCAGGAGAGACGAACACCGAGGCGCAUGCCUUACCUGGGGCCUGACAUGACAACCCGGCUAUCCGCCAUGUUUUACACGGUCGAGGUCGGGGACACCAAGUUCACCAUCCUGAAGCGCUAUCAGAACCUCAAGCCUAUCGGAUCGGGCGCGCAGGGAAUAGUUUGCGCGGCGUACGACACCGUCACUGCGCAAAAUGUGGCGAUUAAAAAGCUGUCCAGACCUUUUCAAAACGUGACACACGCGAAGAGGGCCUACAGAGAGUUCAAACUCAUGAAGCUGGUCAAUCACAAAAAUAUAAUCGGUCUCCUGAACGCGUUCACGCCGCAACGGUCGCUGGACGAGUUUCAAGACGUGUACCUGGUGAUGGAGCUCAUGGACGCGAAUCUGUGCCAGGUGAUCCAGAUGGAUCUGGAUCACGAGCGUAUGUCGUAUCUUCUCUACCAGAUGUUGUGCGGCAUCAAGCACUUACACUCCGCCGGCAUCAUUCAUAGGGAUCUAAAGCCAAGCAACAUCGUCGUGAAGUCCGACUGUACGCUAAAGAUUCUCGACUUCGGCUUGGCGAGGACCGCCGGCACCACAUUCAUGAUGACACCUUAUGUCGUAACGCGGUAUUAUCGAGCGCCGGAGGUGAUUCUAGGCAUGGGUUACAAGGAAAACGUGGAUAUCUGGUCGGUGGGAUGUAUUAUGGGCGAGAUGAUACGCGGUGGUGUUCUCUUCCCGGGCACGGAUCACAUCGAUCAGUGGAAUAAAAUAAUCGAGCAACUUGGUACUCCGGCGCAGGAGUUUAUGCAACGGCUGCAACCGACUGUCAGGAAUUACGUGGAGAACAGGCCGCGAUAUCCAGGCUAUCCUUUUGAGAGGCUAUUUCCGGACGUCCUUUUUCCCUCGGACUCCUCGGAGCACAAUAGAUUAAAAGCAAGCCAAGCCAGAGAUCUAUUGUCGCGCAUGCUCGUGAUCGAUCCGGAGCGACGCAUUUCCGUGGACGAGGCGUUGCUGCACAAUUACAUAAAUGUCUGGUACGACGAGGGGGAAGUCAAUGCCCCCGCACCAGGUCCGUACGAUCAUAGCGUGGACGAGAGGGAACAUACAGUAGAUCAGUGGAAGGAGCUGAUCUAUCAGGAAGUGAUGGAAUACGAGACAAGUCACAAUCCCGCGGCGGUCGCCCAAUCGUCAGAGAGCGCUGGAAGUCGGUAGAUACCGCGAGGCAGCAGCUCAUGCGCGGAUCCUUUUUCGCGGAAUCCUUCAAGAAAGCAUCCGAAUAGUCUGACUUACCGCGUGGAUGAUGUAGCUGGAGCGACAUAACGAGAAAAAAGGAAACCGGAGAAAGAAGAAUAGAAAGAAGAUGAACCGAUAUUCACGAACCGAUCUCCCUCUGAACUUUCCUUCGGAAAGACAAGAAAUGCGAAAUAGUAAAAAACAUGAUAAAGGGAGAAGCUUACUCUGCCGAGCAUCGCAGAAAAGCAAAUCAGAGUCUUCGGGUAGUACGCGUGAUCAAUGAAGCUAGUUUUGAAGAUGAUCCAUUAACGAUUCCCCCGCUCGAUCUUUUCUCCUCUGGAACGAUCUGACUAUGUACCUCUUAUCCAGAAAGCGAGAUUCGCAACCACUAUCUUCGAGAGAUACGCGCCGAAUAUCCUUGUCACUUUUGUUGCACUUCACAAGAUCUAUGGAAGCCGGGAAGGAUCGUGGGACACGCGUCAAGAUC